UCAAAAUGGCGCUGAUGAAGAAGCUGUUCCUUCGCGACCGGAAAACUGGUCGCUCUACACGAUUUGGUCUUUCAAAAAAUUGCCAAAACUUUAUUUGGAAUGGCCCAGAGUUUGAUACAAGUCAGAUUAGAGCGUUGGUUUUUAAAGAAAAUAGCGUAGAAGGAAGACGAUUAAUUUUUGAUUCCAAGAGUGUUACAAAACUAAAGACAGAGGAGUUGAAUGGAUGCAGACUAAAAAAGUGCAAACAAAUGGGAGGGAAAUCACGUUGUCCUAUGGCCAACUUAGUAAAAGAAAACACACCGGUAUCACCAACAAAAAAUAACAGCAAUAUAACAAAUUCACCAGAGAAUCUCUCCAAUAAAGUCACACCACAGUACCAGCAAACAAAGAGAAGCGGUGAUGUUAAAAUGUUAGAAGAAAUGGUUUACGGGUCAUUACCAAUGUCAAGUAGAGGUACAACAGUAAAAGUACACAUUAUACGACAACCACUGCAGCUUAUGCUAAGUAAAGUAUUUCUAAUGGGUGCGACAAAAGACAACCAAAUGGAUGCAGAGGAAGUUAGUUUAUCAUCCAGUAAUGUCAGCGACUCCACAACACCACAGACUAUUAAUAACAGUACAAGCAAAUUAGAUGAACACAUUGCACAUAGUAUGCCGAUGGAAGUACCAACAUCUCCUAUUAAGCAUCAUAAAACGUAUUACCAUGACGACGACAGUGGAAUAGCACGAUCUUCUUCUGCUAGUAGUUUCCUUACAUAUCCAUCACCAAGUACUUCCAACUCGAGUACAAAUAGUAACAGCCUGCAUCGUAGAUGGUUACGUCAUCAGUCUACCAGCAUGGAUUUUGGUUAUCGACGUAGGUCGAUGGAUUUGUCAUCUCAAACAUCAAGUCUUAACAGUGAUGUAUCGUCAAUUAGUGGUGGUCAACGAAAGCACAAGAUAGGAUUGAGUGUGAUCAUAUCACUUUGUAAUACGAAGGACGAGAACAAGUAUAAACAGUUUCAGACGUUCUUUUUCUCACAUUUUCCAUUGUUUGAAAGUCAUUUUUAUAAGCUAGGAAUUGAAAUUGAGAAAGCGGUGCAACAGAAGUCUUUGCAGAUAUCUCUGAUCAUGACAGCUUUAGAAGAGUUUUGCAAUGGAAUUAGUAUGUUGUAUACUGCACCAAGAAUACCAGACCCUGUUUGGUUGAGUAUGAUGACAUGUGAAAACCAACAUGGUCAACUGUGUGAUAAAUUUAUGAAACAAUUGGUUGUAGUAUUGGAUGAAUAUGAUACUAAGAACACAAAUUUUUUUAUUAGUCGUUUAUUGACAGCAGUGUUGACCCACCAUCUUGGUUGGGUUCCUACUGUGAUACCAAGUGGUGCUAGUCCAAGUCAAACCUAUUUAGCAAAACACUUUUCAAACAAUUUUGAUUUACUUGGCAAGACUCAUCCGUACAAUCCAUUGUGGGCACAGCUAGGGGAUUUAUACGGUGCUCUUGGAAAUCCAAUGAAAAUGGUUAAAACAAUCCUUGUUGGCAAACAUUCUGAAGUGAUUUGUACUUUAUUGUACAUUCUGAGUUAUUUCAUUCGAUGUAGUGAAAUUCAUGAAAACAUUGAGAAACGAAAACCAAUUUUUGAAAACGACAUGCUGGGGAGGGAUACACCAUUAUUGGAAGAAAAUCUUGAUUUUGGCGACUCUGAGUUUGUACUUGUAACCCAAAGAAAGCCAGGUGAAGCAAACCCGUUUAUGGAUAGUGUGGAGUCUGUUGUAACGCAACAUGAGUUUAAAGACAGUCAGGAAAGAAGCGUUGAGCAGACGGAGCCUGCACAUCAAGGACUUAACAGUGAUGAGCAGGACAACCAAGAUCAAGUGAUACAAACAUGUUGCUAUGACAACAAUGUGAAUGCUGUUUUGGAGAAAAAGGUUGAGAGCAUAGGAAAAGAUGCCCUUGAAGAGUAUGAACAAUUGAGAAAAGAAUGUGAUUAUUCUGCAAAUUCUGAACAAAUCUGUGAUAAGCGAACUACUAUGCCUUGCAAACUGAAGGAAUCCUGCUCGGUCGUUAAUAGAAAUCAGGGUGAUGCUUGCAGUGGUGGUGUAGAAAAAAAUAAUUUACAAACUUAUUCACCACGUAAUGGGUACAAGAUUCAAGAGUCUCCUGUUGAACAUUUGCAAUUGAAAGUGGAACAAUUAAUCGCUGUGGGAAAAUCAGCGGUAACUGCUUCUGAGCAUAGAAUUACACAAGUUGUCAAAAAUAAGGCAAAAUGUGAGUGCAGUUCUAAAGAUGAAAGGACACAAAUUGUUAAUCAGAGAGACUGUACAGACACAUACUGUGCAAAAUGCAAUAAUUCAGUGGAUGAUAAAGCUUCAAAUAGCAGUAAAACAGACUCUGAAGUUAGCAUUCCAGUUGCACAGCGAGCUUUUCUGCGACUCGCUUCUCAAGAAGGCAGCUCAAGUAUGUUCGAUGAAUAUUUUGAUGAAAAUUUGGAAUGUGACGAACCUUAUCCAAGUAAUUUACAGAAAUGCAUUUCUUUAAAAACAACAUCUCAGGAAGAAAUGAAUGAAAUCUUGGAGGAUAUCUCAUUUGACGGGAAUAAUGCAAAUGAAGGUGUUAAUAAGGAGCCGCUUAAUUUGCGUGGAGAGGAAAAUCGGGCAACUAUAAUAUCUGAUGGAUUAUCACAGUGCCAAAAUCCUCCUACAGAGUCAGACAAUUUGAAAAGCUGCAAAGAAACCAGCACAGACAGUCUUGAUACAGGUCCAACUGAAAAGAAAACACAGGAGGACACCGUGCAAUAUAAAGUAACACCCAUGAAUCAUAAUAUGAAAGCUAAUGUUAGGCCCCGGACUCUGGAUUAUCACCAACCAGAAUAUAAUGCACCCCGUAAUCUGCUUAGAAUGAUAUCUACUACAUCUACCUGUACAACAGCCAGUGAGUUUGAUCCAUUCGGAAACCCAGAAGAGUUACCUUUGCCAGGGACUGAUCGGUUGGCAUCAACAGUGCAAAGUCAGUCGCGAUAUGAGAAGAACUUUGGUCGUUCUUUGUUGGGUGGUUACUCCUCAAAAUACUUGCCAGAUUUUGCUUUGCAUGGAACUCCAGAGAUUGAUAAGAAGCGAGUAAUAGACGAUCUUAAGAUUUCAGUUCAGAAUUCAGUGCUGGAUGAACCCAUUUAUGAAGCCCUAUGCAUUGUGGCUGACACCGAAAACUGGAGUGUUGAAUUGCUCUCCAGUAAGAAUACACAACCAAACCCUGAGAAACCCAGGAAUAAUUCUGUCAUGAUGUCUAGCCUUGUGCAUCGCUUACUGAAGUCUGUUUGUAAACUCUCAGAGCUGAAAAUGUCAGCAGAAUUUUGCAUCACUCACCUUGAGGAUAAGCUGCAAGAAAUUUACUUCAAAAGUAUCGCCUUAGCAGAAUAUUUACGUCUUAAUCCUCAUUAUCAACCGAAAGAACUGUCAGCGGUUCUUGGUGUGAAUGCAGAAGAUAUUCCACUGUUACUUGGUGUCACAUGUGUCCAUUCAUCGUUUGCUAGUUUUGGGUUCAUCAAUGGCACACAUUAA